UUUGCGCGCGGCGCAGAACACGAUUUCGGAUUGGUCACGCCGUAAAUGACGUCACGCGUCAAAACAACAUGGCUGCGCACGCGUGUGAGAUGCUGUCGUGCAGUUCCUAACUUUUGCUGCAGUUUUGAAACUUAGUUUUAGGCUCUUAAAUUAUGUAUUGCAUCCACAAACGCUGCGUCUUGUUUUCUCAAGCAAUUCGGGUGCGUAGUUGGAAUUAUAUUUGUUCGUGAGCGUCGACUUUCCUCAAUGCUGAAGUGGAGAGCUUUGUUCGUCUGCUUUGCGUUGGAAGCGCUGGGCAGGAAGGUGUACGAUGUGGAUCUGCCUGAAGAGCACAUGGCUUGCUUCUUUCGAAACAAUCCAAAUGCAAGGCGGCAAUGUGAACGAGAUGCAAACUGUCCUUUUAGGCACCUGACAAACAGCACCUGCUGCUGGGGCCACGAACCCAACUGCUCCCCGAAGCAUCGUUACUAUUCCGGUAGCUGUCCUGGAAAUUCCAAAGGAUGGACUGUGAGCAAGGCAGCCCAGUUGGAAAAAUUUUUUGAGCAGGGCGAUUUUGGAUAUGUUGCAGAACGAAGGAAGAAACUGAGCAUACUGUGUCGCCCCGAGAAAUCUGGUGAUUCUCUCCUUGAAUGUACACCCAAUACAGAGCUCUGCAGAGCAAAACACAUCAGACUGGACUUUGAGCGCCUGUUAAAGCUCCCUCCGCCCGUUAAGUACAGAGAAGAUAUCCUGGGACCAGGCCUUAUUGGAGGAUGCUGUCGACUAGAUGUCAAAGCCUUGAAAGCAGAGGGGCAUCAUAAGAGCCCGUUGCAGUCGUGGUAUGCAGAAUUGGAGCACUUUGCUGAAUUCUCGGAAACAGAUGCCAGUGACUGUGACAUUGUGAUAAAGAAGCCCACUGUACUCAUGAAGUUGGACGCAACCGUGAAUAUCUACCACCAUUUUUGUGACUUUGUGAACUUGUACCUGAGCCUUCAUUUCAACAAUACAUUCCAUAAGGACUUCAACAUUUUAAUCUGGGACACAUUUCCUUACAGGAGCAAUGUUGCACCCAUAUGGAAGGCAUUUACCCAUCUCGAACCCCUGACGUUAGCACCGUACGCAGGCAAAAAGGUGUGCUUCCAUGAGGCUCUGUUUUCUUUUUUGCCACGCAUGAUUUUUGGGCUGUACUACAACAUGCCCUUGGUACCAGGUUGUUCUGGGAGUGGAAUAUUUCGUGCCUUCAAUCGACAUGUUUUGCAUCGCCUGAGGAUAAAAGUUGAACGCCCGAAACACGUACGUAUUACGUUCGUCUCGAGAAUUAGCAAGCACCGGUUAGUACUUAACGAAGAUGAGCUCAUUGCUCGAGCAAAGAAGCUGCAAGGCGUUUCUGUGCAUCGAGUGAGCUUCACACACGCGACACCUUUCGUCGAGCAGAUCGCUGUCAGCGCAAACACAGAUAUUUUAAUCGGCAUGCACGGAGCUGGACUCACCCACGUCCUGUUCCAGCCCGACUGGGGAGUUCUUUUCGAGCUGUAUAACUGCGAGGAUGAAGCCUGUUACAGAGAUCUUGCAAGGCUGCGAGGUGUUCGUUAUGUGACAUGGGAAGAUACAAAGAAACUCAGACCUCAGGACGAGGAAAAAAAAGAACAUCAUCCUUGUCUCUCAACACAGGGCCAUCACCCUACCCUGGGCGCUCAUGCAAAGUUUACAAACUACGAGUUUGAUGCGGAAGAAUUCAUGCGUCUGCUUCGCCUCCAGGUGGAGCAUGUGAGGUCCAAGAUCUCUGUGAUGCACGAUGAGCUGUGAUACCUUUUCUGCACCGUCCUCCUCCAAAGUGCCUCAGAGAGCUUUCAGACGGGUUCACUGUCACUAUACCUCAUUUUUUCCAUAUACCGAGUCUUUCUAUGGGGCACAUUUUUUUAUUACUUUUUUUUUCAUAAGGGGCAAACUGUGACAUGGAGAAAUAAAUCUGAUGCUCAGUACUGAUAAGGGAUAACUCGAGCCUUGCCUCCUUAUCCACUGUUUCAUAUCCUGAUACAGCAAAUAAGGUUGUGAAUCGCUGCUUUGUUUUUUAAGCUGCAACCUUACCAUGCUCUCGAUUGCUAUUGAAGCUUAAACCCUUAAAGAAAUGGAACGUUAAACUCAUGGUUUGGAAGGCUAACUCAUACAGUGCUAUUCCACUUCUGGCAAUGUCCUGGCCAGCACUGAAACAGUAAAAUGUCCUCGUCUUUACAUGAUCCAAAAUAAAUAAGUCGAUUUGGUGUA